AUGCAAGUGUUGCGAGCGUCUUCCGUCGUCCCUCCAUUCUCUUAUCGCCUUUCUAGAGGCAAAAUCAACAGGCUCACUCCAUCGAUAUGGAGUGCUUACGGUCUUAGAUCUGCAGCCACGUCCGCUGAAUAUCCCGGCUCAUUGUCUGGCGUCAACUUUUUCGUUGAUCAAAACCGCAAGGCCAAUGUACCCAAUACUGGCCAUCUUGCUGGUGCCUUAAGUUCUCGUUUUAUGAAUGAAACUUUUGGACUAUUUAAAGAUGGUACCAAACCUCUCUUAAAAUCAGUGAAAAUGACGAUUGAUCCCAAUUUUUAUAAUUUUCACUAUGGUUUACUUGGUAACGCAAUGGUUAAGCUGACAAAUUUCAACAAGAAUGCCUUCAAGACCUUAUGUGAAAUGACUCUUGGCGAUGAUAAAAGCUUGCUAUGUAAAGUUGAAGCCACGACUGAAGUUACUCAAGAUCAUAAACUGCACGCAAUAUCGGAUGAUGUAACUGAGGAAUUGCGUAACUCUCAAAUUCGUGAUGACCUUAAACAUAGCUUGAUAAAUCUAGAAAAAUUAGGUUUGCCAUCCGAACCAUGCAUGAUAUCAUCCGUGGAGGUACGACCUAGCGACUUGGAUGAAAAUCGAAACGUAAAUUGGGCUCAGAUGUUAAGUUACUGCCAACACGGCAUUCGUAGUGCUAUGUUGUCAAAAAAAUUUCGGAUAGCAACGCGAAUAAGUUCUUUAGCUCAAAUUAAAGAGUUACACCUAGAUAUUACCGGAAAAGUUUCUGUAGGCGAUACCGUUGAUGUUUCUGUUUAUGAGAAUAUAGAACUUAAUCGUAUUCUAUGUAUUGGUAAAUGUGGAGAAGAGAUUGUGUGCAAAGGAUAUCUAGACUUAGAUCGUGAAAUUGCUGGCGAAUUGCCACAGUGGCGAUUACCGAUGCACACAGAAUCAGAUGUCUGUGUCCAUACUGACGUUCCUUCAGUGGGCUUCCAUCGCGAUCGCUUUAACAAUGUACUUCUUGAGUAUGUAAAAGAGGCAAUUUCCAAUUCACGAUUAAACUGUUAUCUUGCUCAAGGCUACUUGAAAGGUCAUCUUCUUGAAGAUGCUAUACAAGUUAUUUUUACUCAUCGGAUAAAAAUCGACCCCGAAUUAUUCAAAAUCGACCAAUUUCAAGAUCUUAAGCAAGAAUUAAAGCUACUUAAUUUGGGCAAAUCAUCCUUUAUUGUCAAUACAGAUCUCCAACUACAUGAUAAAGUAUUAAUAUCCAUUGCAAGUAACAUCGUUAACUUUAGUAUGAAAAAUGGUAAAGGUGUUCCGUUUACUGAUUGGCAUCAGAAAACAUUUUCAGAGUAUCGCAACAAAUUCGGACCACAUGAGGUUAAUAUGCCAUCAGAAAUACCUAAAGAUGCAUAUAAACACACCUUUUAUUCACGCUAUGACGAUUUAGAUUACCAGCAUAUAAUUAAAAACUCCCGUUAUUUUACUUUCUGCUUCGAUGUGGCAGCAAAUGCAAUUUAUAAGCGUUCACCAGCUUAUCAUACCGGGUUUACCUAUGAUUUCAACCCAAAUUGUGUUAGAGAAUUCGACAUUUGUUACGUAAAUCAUUGUCGAGAAAGCCAACAACUUGAAAUAACUACAUUCCAAAAUCAUGAAGAUCCACAAAAGCUUCACUUCUUGUUGACGAAAGGUGACAAGACUAUAUGUUAUUGUAACAUGACAAUCGAUUUAAAUUCAUCAAAGGAAACAAAAGCUAAAAGUGGAGCUGUAAGGUCUGCGGAUAUUUAUGGUAAUGGUAGCGCUGCUGACUGCAGAAAUCAUGUCCAAAAAUUAAAUAUGAUGAGGGGUGAAAGAGAAGCUGCUAUACUCUCAAAACCGUCGGAACAGCAUACUGAAAAUGAUUGUCGCAGUAUACAAGAAUCUCCGGAAGAGUAUUCUGAAUGCGAUUAUCGUACUAUACAGGAAUUUCAGUCAGCUUCCAAUGCUGAUGAUGACGAAAAUACUGCUCACGACAAUGAUACUAUAGAAGGAAUCGAAGUGACGACAGAUCCACAAAUCUUUCAUAAUGUCCGCAAAAAGAAAACAAAAUCGACUAGCAAAUAG